UCUGUUACACUUCUUAUGCUCCUUCACCUGAGCAGCCAUGCAGACCCCUAACAUUGUGCGGACCUCCUGUCUCCUCUCUCUGCUCGUCCAUGCCUGUCAAGGGUUCAGCAUCUCUCAGCCUCAGGGUCAAGUGGAAGCAGCGGCGGGAAGCCAUGUCACUUUAGUAUGCAUUGUGUCCAGUGAGAUUCCACACGGGCCAGUGACAUGGUACAAAGAGACUGGCAGUGAGCACAGACAUUUCUUCAGUUCCUUCCCGCGAAAAGGUGAUAUCUCUGACAGUCGAGUGACGAGGACAAAUGGGGAUCAAACCAACAACUUCAGCAUCACAAUAAGAAACAUCAGGCUCAGCGACACGGGAAAGUACUACUGUGAGAAAUACACAAAGGGAGAGUGGGACAAACCAUACGCCUUGGGGCCAGGAGUCAUCUUGACUGUGAGAGAUGGUUCUACACUCCAUCAAGCUCCAUUUUUUUUGUGUUCUUUUAACCUUCCCUACAAUGAAAAAUGUUGCCGGCAUAAGAAAAUAACUCUUGAAAUGGCACACCUUUCAAUCAAAUGAAAUUCCAGGUUAUUUCUUGUUUCGUUCACUUAUCUUCAGAGGCUCAAUCGCUAGGGGAAAUUUAAAAUGCU